AUGGGUAAAAUCAUUUCAAAAUCUUUAAUUUCUCGAAAUCAAUUUUUACCUCCAGAUACAUCUUGUUAUGGUGUCGAUAUCCAAUCUGCAUUUCCUACUCAAAAACCACGUAACGUGCAAUUCCAUACUGCAAAUAUUCUCGAUGGAUUGCCAUUUGAUGACAAUUUUUUCGAUUAUGUUCACAUUCGUGCUUUGGCCAUGUUUUUUACUCAAGAUGACUGGGAAUCUAAAGUCGUAUACGAGUUGUUUCGAGUUUUGAAGCCUAAUGGCUACUUGGAGUUUGUAGAAUGUGAUUCUAUCAUAUUCAAUAUGCCAACCAGUUUGAAUCCCUUAUGUAAAGCUG